UCCCCCUCCUCUCUCUCUCUCUCUCGCUCCUCCUGUUGUAGCCCCUUUCAUUCGGUGUGUUACCCAAAGCUCCUCACCAUUUCCCGACCUCGAGACCGGGAACAGGGAACCACAGAGCCGACCGCUCAUGGCAUGGGCGAGCCGUCUUCUCAAUAGCUUCUUCUUUCCUGUGCCUUGGAGUUGGUCGUCUGAUGGUCUUUGCUUGGAGUCGGAUGAAUAAAAGGAAAGUUAGGUUUUUUGCUUUCCUUUUUGUCCAUGGGGCGGAUGUAUUUGAUGGCCUGCUUUCGUCUUUGACCUCGGCGUUCAGAUUCUUGCAGGAUUUCUAGUGAAAAGGCGGCGCCUUUGGAGUUAUCACUUGAUGAGUAGUUCCGGAUUCCAUGUUCGGGUUCUGUUCCCAUGUCAUCUCGGAAAUCGCUGGGAUUUUUCGACCGAGUCCUCUCUUUUUUUUCUUGGAUGAUGUAAGAGAUCCGGUUUCUGUUCCACCUGCGAUUUUUUUUCCGUCUGAUGUGGCUCUCAAUCUGCGAAGGAUUCGAAGUUGUUGUGGUUUUCCGUUUGGGUGCUAAAAAGGCGCGCUUUUUAUGACGCGAAGGUGGUGUUCUACAGUGGUGUGACUGUUCUUGAGGUUGUGUCUCGGUUGCACAUUGCCGCCUCCAUCUGAGUGCAAGAAAAAUGAACUCUGUUAGGUCUGGGUUUCUGAUUCAAGCAGCGUUCUUGGUGAUGAUUUCUGGGUCAUCUAAUAUGGGGGUCUCGGGCCUUGGAUCGAUGUCCUCCAUUGCCGUUUCCUACGGUGAGAAUGGCCCGGUCUUCUGUGGUCUAAGCUCGGAUGGUUCUCACUUGGUUGCUUGCUUUGGUGCUGAUGCUUCCAUAGUCUAUGGCGCUCCUCUUCGACUCCCCCUCCUGGGUCUCACGGCCGGCGAUGGUUUCGUCUGCGGCCUUCUCUUGGACACAGGCCAGCCCUAUUGCUGGGGCAGCAACAUCUUUGUGAAGAUGGGCGUGCCUCAGCCCAUGGCGGAAGGCGCGUCCUACUCGGAGAUCAGCGCCGGUGACGACCACCUCUGCGCGCUUCGCAAACCGGCCAUAGACUCUCGAAAAGGCGCCUCGUUGAUCGACUGCUGGGGCUACAACAUGACCGCCUCGCACGAAUUUGACGGCGCCGUUGCGGCGAUCACUGCCGGCUCGGUGUUCAGCUGCGGGAUGUUCAUCCACAACCGGACGGCAUUCUGCUGGGGCGAUGAGACCAGCAGCGGUGUGAUAAGCUUGACGCCGAGGAACUUGAGGUUCCAAUCGAUUUCGGCCGGUGGAUUUCAUGUCUGUGGGAUCCUGGAGAACUCCCAGGUCUUUUGCUGGGGAAGGAGCCUGGAGACGCAGCAGUUAUCUUUAGGCCAUGGAGAUGUUAAGAUGGUGCCCAUGGAUCCUAUGGUUUCGGUAGCCGGGGGGAGGUUCCAUGCUUGUGGAAUUAAGAGCUUAGAUCACAAGGCUGUUUGCUGGGGCUUUAUGCUUCAGAACAGCAUGCCACCACCUAAGGAUUCAAGGUUGAAUGAGAUUGCGGCCGGGGACUACUUCACAUGUGGUGUUCUUGCGGCGACUUCGCUUAGGGCCGUCUGCUGGGGCACCGGCGUCCCCUGGUCAAUUCCGAUGGCUGUCUCUCCUGGAAUCUGUGCUUCUAAUCCUUGCGGCCAGGGGUACUAUGAAUUCAGUCAUACAAGCUUGGGGAAUAAAGUCUGCAAGCCAGCAGAUUCAAGAGUUUGCUUACCGUGCAGUGUUGGGUGCCCUGAAGGGACAUACGAAUCCACGCCUUGCAAUUUGACCUCAGAUCACGGUUGCGAGUUCAAUUGUUCCAGUUGUGCUUCAGUCGAAUGCUCCUCCUUCUGCUCGUCACAGAAAGAAUCCAAGAGCAAAAGGCUGCAGAGCUGUAGGUGUUUGGAGUCUGCAGUGACUACAUCGAGAAAACGGACGUAUUCUUUUCACAAGGAAAUGGUGAAAGUCGGACCAGACUUGGAGGAGCUCAAGAUCAGGAGGGCUCAGAUGUUCACCUAUGGAGAACUGGAGAAGGCGACUAGUGGAUUCAGUGAGGAAUCACUCGUCGGGAAGGGUAGCUUCUCGUGUGUUUUCAAAGGGGUCUUGAAAGAUGGGACUGUGGUCGCGGUGAAGAGAGCCAUAAGAGUGUCUGAUGUGAAGAAGAACUCCAAGGAGUUCCAUACGGAACUCGACCUGCUGUCAAGACUAAAUCAUGCUCAUUUGCUCAACUUGCUUGGAUACUGUGAGGAAGGUGGUGAGCGGCUUUUGGUUUAUGAGUUCAUGGCUCAUGGAUCUUUGUACCGACACCUUCAUGGCAAGGAUCUGUGCCUAAGAAAGCGGUUGGAUUGGGUUCGUAGGGUGACGAUUGCCGUCCAGGCUGCUAGGGGGAUAGAAUACCUGCAUGGAUAUGCUUGUCCACCGGUAAUUCACAGGGACAUCAAGUCUUCGAACAUUCUCAUCGAUGAGGAACACAAUGCUCGAGUUGCAGAUUUUGGUCUUUCUUUGUUGGGUCCAGCAGAUAGCAGCUCACCAUUAUCUGAACCUCCUGCUGGUACUCUCGGCUACCUCGAUCCUGAAUACUAUAGACUUCAUUACUUGACUACGAAAUCAGAUGUAUACAGUUUUGGGGUUCUGCUGCUGGAGAUUUUAAGUGGUAGAAAAGCAAUCGAUAUGCAAUUUGAAGAAGGAAACAUUGUAGAAUGGGCAGUUCCACUGAUCAAAGCUGGGGACAUUUCGGCGAUUCUGGAUCCAGUGCUGAAACCUCCAGCUGACCUGGAGGCUCUCAAGAAAAUUGCUGCCAUGGCAUCCAAGUGCGUUAGGAUGCGGGGAAAGGAUCGGCUGUCGAUGGAUAAGGUGACGACCACUUUGGAGAGAGCUCUCGCACUGUUGAUGGGCAGCCCGUGCAACGAACAGCCAAUCCUGCCUACAGAGGUAGUUCUAGGGAGCAGUAGGUUGCACAAUAAAGCUUCACAAAGGUCUUCAAACAGGUCAUGUUCGGAGAAUGACACUGAUGACCAGAUUUACGAGUAUAGAGCUCCUUCGUGGAUCACAUUUCCCAGCGUAACCUCAUCUCAGAGGAGGAAGUCGUCGGCAUCAGAAGGCGAUGCGGAAGGGAAGAAUUCAGAGGGGAGGAGUUUAGGACAUGGGGGGGCAGGGGAUGGGUUGAGGUGCUUGGAGGAAGAGAUCGGACCAGCAUCCCCACAGGAGAAUCUGUUCUUGCAACACAACUUCUGAAUGGUUCGAAUGCUAGAACAAUGAACGAAUGAACAGAAAAUGUAAUUAGAAAAGCUCCAAAGUCGCAGCGUCAUUUGAUUUUUUUUUUUUUUUUUUUGGAAUCAAAUGCAUUACUUUCUUUUUCAUGUCUCGUCUUCGAAUGGCGAGUUGGAUUGCUUUCAUGGAUGUUCAUCGAGAGAAUGCUUGGUGUACUUUUCUUACAUACUUGCAUUCUUGUGUUGUGGUUUCUUAAGGAAUUUUUGGACUGAGCACAUUGACAUCAGAUUACUAGCUGAUCAUCAAUGAAGCAAAUAAAGUUUUCCAUGAUUAAAGCUUUA